CAAUAUGAAUUUGCAUGCUUGGCUCUCAAAGGAGGUGCGCGCCAUCCUGCGAGACCUUACUAUCAUCCUGUGCUUUUGAUGGAUCAGUUGUUUGGUGGUGGUGCUCUUGUUGGGUGGGGUGCUCUUUGUGACGCCUGAUUGGCUGCCAUGUACAUGCAGGCACCGCCACGAAGAUCUGCAAUGCAGGCACCACAAUACCAGAGCCCGUUGUCUCUGGCUGGGAAAGGUACAGUCAAUCAAAGAUGUCUGCGGUGGUGCUUUUGCAAGGGUACAAAGCUGCUCAAAGUCGCACACUCCGAAUUGCGUUCCACAGAGGUCUGACUCCCGCCAUUGAGCUGUAUAUUCUGGUGAUUGCACUUGCCACUGUGAGCGAUUGUGACCACAGCGAUGACCAUGCUGUACGGAGAGUGUUUAGAAAAUUACACGAUGUCGACGGAUCCUUACGACGAUCCGACAGAGCAGUAUGCGAUGGACUUUGAGCUCUUCAGCCCUCCCCCGUCGAUGCCCAGCAGUGCGGGCGAGCUAGUUGUGCCGCCCAUUAACGACUUUGAUACGAUAAACCGCACACGGUCAGCUAUCAUAUCGGUGGCGACCUCUUGCAGUCCGAUGCGUGAUAUCGAUAGGGCGGCCGGCGCGUGGACAGCUAGCCUUGCGUACUGCAAACGGCCACUCACUCCUCUAUCUACUGUCAAUUUAGAGACCAGUAGCACUCGCGCCCAAUGUCACGUCUGCGGCAAGGGCUUUGGCGCGAACAAAAGCUUGAGACGGCAUAUGAGAAGUCAACACGAAGGCCUGCGAUACCGGUGCUCUGGAUGCGGAAAAGCUUUUGGUCGAAGAGAUAUCCGAAACCGCCACGCGAAGGAGAAGCACGGACCGAACGGGAAUCUGCUCGAAUGUGACCACUGUGGGCAGAUGGUCUCAAGGAGGGCCCUGGAGCGGCAUAGGACUAACCGGUGUUGUCUCCCAGAGGAUGCUACGUUCGCCACCCAGAGAAGAUUGUCUGACUGCAACGUCAGCCUUCAACCUAGGCGUGGGUGGCCUUCGAUGCUCGCAGUUCUGGAUCCCUUAGUGUUGAUCUUCCGGCUUUCUGACCUGUGCUCCGUGAGACUCAGCGUGCAAGGACGCCAUGACGACAGCGAUACUGCGAUGGACCGGAGACAGCAGGUAAUGCCGUCGUGUGCACAAGCGGAGUUCCUGCGACUGUUGGGCGUCGUUUACUCAACGCUGCGCAAAGCCAUGCUCGAGCAGAUGAUGUCAGAUCUGGGAUCCGCGUCAUUGAUGCUCGCGCUUUGGCUGCUGGCUGUCGUGGAAGAAAGGGCGAACAAUAGAGAUGCAGCCUUUAUCCAUCUAAGGGCGUUGGCUGUGCUGUGGUACAGAAAUGCGCAAGUGACUCAGAACCUUGAUGGCACCAUGCGAGGCAUCCUCAGCAGCAUGGGCGAGUCGUAUUCGUCGCGCGUUGUGUGGGAGGCCUUUGCCAUGUCUGAAGGCUUUGGAAUAGCGCGUUAUUCGAUUGGCGAGUCUUGUCUCAUGGAUGUCAAUCGUACAUAGUAGAGGAAGAGAAUAUUACCGA